AUGCGCUCUACGUCCCUCAUCGUCGGCGCUUUGGCCUUUGCAAUCGGCGCAGUCUCGGCAGUCCCGGCUCCUCAGACCGGAACCUCUCCUGCGGCUGGUCCAUCGGCGCCCUUCCAGCCCUCUGGACCUGAUGCUGCAAGUUGGCAGACUACUGGCUGUACGGCAGGUCAGUUCGACUCGGACGUUGCUGCCGCUCAUAUCGAACGUGGCACGUACUGACACGAUCCUCGUCGAUCGCCCUAGACUUCUACCCCAACUCUCGCCUGCUCCGAUCUGGCUACACGGAGGACAAGCAGGCAAUGACCGUUGGAGUGAGUCGCACAAGGUCCAACGCUGCGCGAAGCUUGCACUCACAAGUUGUUGCGGUGAUGGUCAUGUAGAAAUGCUUGACAUACUGCGGUUCCUUGGGAGCCUACUACGCCGGCCUCGAGUAUGGGUGAGAGCGAGCGAGACGUCUUGAAUGCAGAAAGAAACAACAAAAAAGGCUGACUGCUGGUCCCUGUGUACUACCAGCUACCAAUGCUUCUGCGGCGACGCGCUUAACUCACCAACCGGAACAGUCGACACGCCAGCAGCCCAAUUGACCAGCUCGAACGACGGGGGGUGCAACACUGUUGCUCCAGGAAACGGUGCCCAGCGGGCUGGCGGUCCCAACAAGCUGCUGGUGUUCCAGAGCAAGGUCAAUGGACCAGCUGCUAGAAGCGUCACCAUCACCAACGGAUCCUAUCAGGGCUGCUACCGUGACGACCCAAACAACCGCCUCCUGCCUGCCGGUACGUAUGGAAUCAACGACAAUACCGUGCAGGGUUGCGCGACUCGCUGUGCCAACUCGGGCUAUGAUUUGUCAGCCACCGAGUACAGAAGCGAAUGCCACUGUGGCUCUUCCUCAUCUGUUGGGCCCCCUGCCAACAAGAAGAUUGACGAGUCUAACUGCAACAACUCUUGCACCGGCAACACCAAGCAGAUUUGUGGAGACGCUUCGGCCCUGUCCGUCUACAAGACCACGCUAUCCACCACACCGCCAACCGGCACUCCUCAGCAGCCUUCGCCCGUGACGGCCAGGAAUGGCCAAAAGUACAACUUCAUCGGAUGCUACAAGGACCGCGCUGACCCCAAUCGAGCCCUUGACGGAGCAGCGCUCUUCUCGAAUGCCAGGACGAUCCAGGGCUGCAUCACCACCAUGGCUGACCGUGGCUUCAAGUACGCGGCGCUGGAGAAUGGGAACGAGUGCCGCGGUGGCAACACAUUGCUCUACAGCAGCACUGUCGGUGCUACGUGCGACAAGCCGUGCAGCGGAAACAGCGCUCAGACUUGCGGUGGCAGCGUUUACAGCAUGAGUCUCUAUCAAGUAGCGGCUUGA